AUGGGGCGCAAGGUCGACACUGCCGACAUGCCAAAGGGCCAGUCUGAAACGCCCAUAUCUCCACAAAGAGAGUGCUCAACACCCCGACCUUCAAACGACGACCCCGACGGGCACAACCCCGAAACGAAGAUCCAAAAGCUCACCGGCCUUGGAGAUCGUCCCGAGGCGAAGAAGCAACAGAUGCGAAUUUUGAAGGAGCAACAGAAACAUCUCAACGGCGAAGAGGUUUCUCCUGUGAGCAUCAGCAGCAGCGAUCGCGGUUUUGAGGGUCCCAGAACAGCCGUGUCCGACUUGGAUGGCGACACGGAGGCGGACGGGCAGGGAGUGCUCGUCUGA